AUGGCUGAGAGCCAAGACAAGCAAAAGGAGCAUGCAGAUAACCUACCUACACAUGCAGUGUCAGCCGUCUUCAAGACGAAGUUACGCCCGCGACUCAUCGGACCUUUCAAGGUUGUGGUCAAGAAGGGCCUUGCGUACACGCUCAAUCUUCCGAAGAAGAUGCGGGCGCACCCCGUCUACUACGUGGGCUUGCUCAAGCCGUACCAGGACCCGAUGAAGGUGCAGAUGGAG